GCAGAAGUUGAGAGCGAGCCGCCCCGGAUCUAUUCUGGAGGUUUCGCUGUUCUAAUCACACACGCGAUCGUUCUGAGAGGAUCCGUCUGAGAAUUCUGCUAUGAACCGGGUGCGUCAGAAAGCGUGAUUGAUCAUUGAUGAGCGAUUGAAUGACUAAAACAUUUGCCCACCUGCAGCUGGAGACGCCGGUGCGCUGAGUGCGUCUUGCGGGUUUUGCGCUUUUACGCAUCGGCUGGAUUUGCGCACAGGAGGGAUGUUGAAGACACCUGUCGUGAUUUUCACUUCUUUAUCGCUUCUAUUGUCGCUGUCAUGUGCUGGAGAUGUAAAUUCGCGCAGCUGCAGCGAUGUGCGCCAGGCGUUCACGACCAAAGGCUUCAGUCUCCAUAAUGUGCCACAUCAGGAGAUAUCAGGUGAACAACUGCGGGUUUGUUCCCAAGGCUACACAUGCUGCACUUCAGACAUGGAGGACAGGCUUGGUCAGCAGAGUAAACUGGAUUUUGAGAAAUUAGUGGAUGAGAACAGCCUCAACAUACGGACGAUAUUUACCUCCAGACAUAAAAAGUUUGACGAAUUCUUUCUGGAGUUGCUGGACAACUCGGAAAAGUCACUAAAUGCCAUGUUUGUGCGCACAUAUGGCAAACUGUACACGCACAACUCAGAGAUUUUUGAGGACCUGUUCUCAGAGCUCAAGCGUUACUACACUGGCGGAAACGUCAUCCUGGAGGAAGUGCUGAAUGACUUCUGGUCGAGACUUCUGGAGCGCAUGUUUCAGCUGCUGAACUCUCAGCACACCUUCACUGAUGACUAUCUGGAGUGUAUCAGCAAAUACACCGACCAGUUAAAGCCCUUUGGAGAUGUUCCGCGCAAGCUCAAGGCUCAGGUCACCAAGGCCUUCAUUGCGGCUCGCUCGUUCGUUCAAGGACUCAUGGUGGGUCGGGAAGUGGCCAACAGAGUGGCAAAGGUCAAUAUAUCUCCAGCCUGCAGUAAAGCAUUGACCAAAAUGCUGUACUGUCCAUACUGUGGAGGACUGCCAGGCCUCAAAACCUGUGCCAACUACUGUCAAAAUGUCAUGCGGGGCUGCCUGGCCAACCAAGCGGACCUGGACCCUGAGUGGAACCUCUUCAUCGAUGCCAUGCUGCUGGUGGCUGACAGACUGGAGGGGCCCUUCAACAUCGAGGCCGUCAUGGAGCCGAUAGAUGUGAAGAUCUCAGAGGCCAUCAUGGCCAUGCAGGACAACAGCAUGCAAGUUUCAUCCAAGGUAUUUCAGGGAUGUGGUCAUCCCAAACCAGCUGGAGUUGGCCGAUCUGCCCGCGGGAUCUCAGAUGUAUUCAACAGUCGCUUCAGACCCUACAGCCCAGAAGAGAGGCCGACCACGGCAGCUGGCACCAGCUUAGACAGACUGGUGAUCGACAUUAAGGAGAAGCUGAAGGAGUCGAAGAAAUUCUGGUUAUCGCUGCCAGACAGCAUCUGCGCAGAGGACGAAGUGGCUGACCCAGAUGAGGAGCAGUGCUGGAACAGUCACACAAAGGGAAGAUAUUUCCCUGAAGUUGUAAAAGUCGGCCUUACGAACCAGCUCAAUAACCCAGAGGUGGAAGUGGACAUCACUAGACCAGACACCUUCAUCAGACAGCAGAUCAUGACCCUGCGAGUGAUGACCAACAAGCUGCGAAACGCCUACAAUGGCAAAGACGUCUACUUCCAAGACUCCAGUGAUGAGGAGAGUGGCUCAGGCAGUGGAAGUGGUUUCACGACUGAGCCUGAAGUGGUCCACACAGAGCCCCCGGUGCUGGAAGCAGACAAAAGCGACCCGCAACCACCAACAGAUGAGGCGGCCCAUCAGCAAAAGCCUAUGUUGCAGUUACUAGCGGCAGUAACGGCCCUCACAUGGUUGCUGCUGUGGCUGAGAUAAUGGCAGUAGGCGGCACGCAGCCACACGGACGUUUGAGACAGACGCAGUGUCGCUCGCGCUCUUAGCCUUUCCAUAACUGGACUGGACGUUUUCCAAAAAAAUAAAAUUAAAUGGUAAUAAAAAAUAUCAAGAAAUAACCCAUGAAAAAGGGGGGCAAGCUAAAUAGCUAGGUGUGAGGAGAAGGAAGAGCGAGCAAAGACCUUUGCAUCCUGCUUGUUCCAAAGAAUGCUUGGUGCAAUCGGAAGCAGCUUCUCUUUUGGCCUCUCAUUUCUAAAUGAAUUUAAGAGAAAAACGAACUUUUCGGGGUGAAAAGUGGUCGCCAUGCAAAUGGGAUUGCUUUACUUUUUUGGAAGAGAAUGGGAAAAUAUGAAAAUCUAUAUUUUUGCUUUCCUUUUAUACUGCAUAAAUGAGACGCCAAAGUACGCUCUGGUAGUUUUUUCUGUUUGUUUUUUUUUCUUAAUGUUUCACC